AUGGCGUCGACUUCCAAGAAGAUUAUAGUGAAGAGCUCCGACGGAGAGACUUUCGAGGUGGACGAAGCGGUGGCGCUUAAAUUGCAACCUAUCAAGUGCAUGAUCGAAGAUGACUGCGCCGAUGGAGAAAUCCCUAUCCCCAUCGUCACCGGUAAGAUCUUAGCCAAGGUCCUCGAGUAUUGCAACAACCAUGUCGAUGGUAAGUACGGUGAGCCGACUACUGAAUUUGAAGAGUGGGAAGCUGAUUUCGUGAAAGUUGACCAGACCACCCUCUUUGAUCUCAUCUCGGCGGCUAACUUUUUGGAAAUAAAGAGCUUGCUGGAUUUGACGUGCAAAACGGUGGCGAACAUGAUGAAGGGAAAGUCGCCGGUGGAGAUUCGGAAAACCUUCAACAUAAAGAACGAUUUCACCCCCGAAGAAGAAGAAAAGAUAAGGAGGGAGAACGCCUGGGGUUUUCUUCAACCACCAACAAUGGCGUCGUCGACUUCCAAGAAGGUUACAUUGAAGAGCUCCGACGGAGUGAUUUUCGUGGUGGACGAAGCGGUGGCGCUUAAAUCACAGACUAUCAAGAACAUGAUCGAAGACGACUGCGCCGACGGCGAAAUCCCUAUCCCCGGCGUAACCGGUAACACCUUAGCCAAGGUCCUCGAGUUUUGCACCAAGCACGUCGAUGAUAAGGACGAUGAAUUGCCUACUAAAUUUAAAGAUUGGGAUGCCAAUUUCGCCAAAGUUGACCAGAACACCCUCUAUUAUCUCACAUUGGCGGCUAACUUUUUGAAUAUAAAGAGCUUGUUGGGUUUGAUGUGCCAAACGGUGGCGGACAUGAUAAAGGGAAAGUCGCCGGAGGAGAUUCGAAAAACCUUCAACAUAGAGAAUGAUUUCACCCCCGAAGAAGAAGAAGAGAUAAGGAGGGAGAACGCCUGGGCUUUCAAUUAG